UAGGAGCAGCACAGUGUGGCUACAAUACAGAACUGCAUCAAAUAGUUGCAAUACCAUUCACAGAGAGAGGCUCUUUCUCAGAAGUCUUACUUGGGGGAUGCUGUUAAGAUGGCUUUUAUGAAGCAUAUACGGCUGUGUUUUGGAUGGCUGGCUGUUGCGAUCAUGGUUCAUAAUGAAGUCGAGGCCUGGACGUAUCAUUACCGGACAGACAGCAAUAUGGACUGGGAGACAGCUCGCCGGUGGUGCCAGCAGAAUUACACAGACAUGGUGGCCAUCCAGAACCAGGAGGAGAUCGCCUACCUGAACAACACGCUGCCCCACCACAAGCACUACUGGAUCGGCCUCAGGAAGGUGGAGGGACAGUGGACCUGGGUGGGGACCAACAAGCCCCUGACUGAGGAGGCAGCACACUGGGCACAAGGAGAGCCCAAUAAUAAGCAAAGUAAUGAGGACUGCGUGGAGAUCUACAUCAAGAGGGUUAAGGACAAAGCCAUGUGGAACGACGUGAGUUGCAGCAGACCGAAAGCUCCUCUCUGUUAUAAAGUGUCCUGUUUAAAUACGUCCUGCAGUGAACAUGCUGAGUGUGUGGAAGCCAUCAACAACUACACAUGCAAGUGUGAGCCGGGCUUCUCUGGUCCCCGCUGUGAGAAAGCUGUACAAUGUUCUCCAAUCUCUGGGAACUCCAGUGGGUUGAGUAUGAACUGCAGCCACCCCAUCUCCACAAACAGCUACAACUCCACCUGCACAUUCAGCUGUGAGGAGGGCUUUGAGCUGAGAGGCCCAUACACAACCAAGUGUGAUCACACUGGACAGUGGACACACAAGAACCCCACCUACACAGGAAAGAAGGCUAUCGAAACAGAAGAGGAAGAGACAAGGGAUGACAUAGCAGUUCUCUCCACAGAAUCAUCAACUAUUGAUGACUCAGAUGAUGAGGAGAUGAAACCUCCUUCAAAAGGAAAGAAAGCAAGAUCAACAAAGCAAGAUGACCUGGGUCGACCUCGAGCAAAAACUGUUGGCGGAGCAAUAAUACGAUACAAGCGUGCCGUACAUGCCUUUAACCAAGGUGGCUCGAUGAAGAAGGCUUUCCAAAAAGUGGGGGUGGAUCGCAAUACCAUCUCCAGGACAUCACCAAUUCCUGAGCUUGCGAUAGCAGCACCUGGUGUCUUUCAGGCCCUUUAGUGCCUGUUUGAUGUAAAUCAUUUUUAAUGUAAAUCAUCAAUAAAUGAUGACCUGUUCACCGUA